CUCGCUGGUAAUGAUUGAUGCUGCCGUUUAUGCCGUAUCUCCGAUGAACCGCAGGCUACAUCGCGCGGCUGUCAUGGUUAUUUUAGCGGAUCUGUACAGAAAUAUUUUCCUCCUCUAGUUCAGUUGACACACACACACGAGCCUCUCCGCGUGCAGAGGGCUCGCGACCAGCUGUGCGACGCGGCGCUGCCUCCCGGUCGAGCGGCGGCAGGACGAUGGCACUGCGUUGGACGGUCUCUCUGUAUUUGUCCUCGGUGAUCUAUUAAGAUUUUAAUUAGCUGGUAACAUAACAUACGUUUGACGUUUACGACGGGCUGAUGUGGGAGCGACCAUAAACGCACCGCUCUGAUUAUGGAAAAGGAGUCCAGGUUUGAAGACCUCUGAUCAAAUUGGCUCCACGGCCUGCCAGGCAGCCAAUCAGAUACCAGCCAGGCUCACCAAGGGGGGAGACCAGCAGUGAGACUGGAAGACCCUCUUACCGCACCCACAGUGCUUCACCCACCCAACUCCAUUGUCACCACCAUGUCUAUACCCAGCAGCAGCCCAGAAAGAGAGGGCUCUAGUGGGGCUCCCCCUCAGCUAGAGUGCCCAUCUUCCCCUCCCGGCAUGGACCCAGACCCCCCAUCAACUGGAAGCCCAGUGCUCAGCCCAGACUCAUCUUCCCAUGAUGCAGUGCUGUCCGCACCAGCGGCCUCCCCAGCAGACUCAGAGAACCUGAGUCCUGAUGAACUGGAGCUGCUGGCCAAACUGGAGGAGCAGAACAGGUUGCUGGAGGCUGAUUCCAAAUCCAUGCGGUCGAUGAGCGGUUCACGGCGCAACAGUGGCUCCUCACUAGUGUCCAGCUCCUCGGCCUCCUCCAACCUGUCACACCUGGAGGAGGAUACCUGGAUCCUGUGGGGCCGCAUCGUCAACGAGUGGGAAGAGUGGAGGCGCAAGAAGGACAAACUCCUGAAGGAGUUGAUCAGGAAGGGCAUCCCUCACCAUUUCCGGGCCAUCGUGUGGCAGUUGCUGGGCAACGCCACUGACAUGCCAGUGAAGAACCAAUACUCAGAGCUGCUAAAGAUGUCAUCGCCCUGUGAGAAGCUCAUCCGCAGAGACAUCGCCCGCACCUACCCCGAGCAUGAGUUCUUCAAAGGGCAGGACAGCCUGGGGCAGGAGGUCCUCUUCAACGUCAUGAAGGCGUACUCUCUGGUGGAUCGAGAGGUGGGCUACUGCCAAGGCAGUGCGUUCAUUGUUGGUCUGCUGCUUAUGCAGAUGCCCGAGGAGGAGGCGUUUUGUGUUUUUGUGCGCCUGAUGCAGGAGUACCGUCUAAGGGAGCUGUUCAAACCCAGCAUGGCUGAACUGGGCCUCUGCAUCUACCAGUUUGAGUAUCUGCUACAGGAGCAACUUCCAGAGCUGAACGUCCAUUUUCGAUCCCAGAGUUUCCACACAUCUAUGUAUGCCUCUUCCUGGUUUCUCACCCUUUUCCUCACCUUCCUUCCCCUACCUGUUGCCACGCGCAUCUUCGAUAUUUUCAUGUAUGAGGGUCUAGAGAUUAUCUUCCGUGUGGGCCUGGCCAUCCUGCAGUACAACCAGACUGACCUCAUUCAGCUAGACAUGGAGGGCAUGUCCCAGCAUUUCCAGAAGGUGAUCCCCCACCAGUUUGACAGCUGCCCAGACAAGCUGAUCCUCAGGGCCUACCAGGUCAAAUACAACCCCAAGAGGAUGAAGAAACUUGAGAAAGAAUACACCACGAUCAAGAACAAGGAAAUGGAGGAGCAAAUUGAGAUCAAGAGGUUACGCACAGAAAACAGGCUGCUAAAGCAGAGGAUUGAGACGCUGGAGAAGGAGAGUGCCGCUCUUGCAGACAGACUGAUACAGGGUCAGGUGACGAGGGCGCAGGAAGCAGAGGAGAACUACGUGAUCAAGCGGGAGCUGGCGGUGGUGAGGCAGCAGUGCAACACAGCCAGCGAGAGCCUCGAGAAGGCGCAGGACACCAUCAGAGAGCUGCAGCAACAGAAGUACACAGAUCAGUUUGUGAGCUCCCUGCAGACCCAGCUGGAGCAGUCCAGACUGCGCGAGGCCGAACUGCUGGGAGCACUGAAGGAAAUGCAAGACAAGGUCCUCGACCUGGAGAAGAGAAGCACGUGCCUGCCUGAUGAGAACAACAUGGCGGCUCUGCAGGAGGAGGUGAAGCAGAUGAAGCUGAGAGAGCUGGAGACGCUGCGUUCAUUCAGAGAGAUGCAGGACACUGUCACUGAUCUCAACCAACGCUGGCAGCAUCACAUGUCCCGUGGCAGCAGCACAGGUGGCGGGGGCGGCCACUGGAAAGAAUCCCCGAAAAAGAACGCCAUGAACGAGCUGCAGGACAAACUGAUGACAGUCAGACUGAGGGAGGCCCAGGCUCAGGCUGAGCUCCGAGAGGUCAAACUCAAAGCCCUGCAGCUGGAGAGCCAGAACCAGAUCCACAGCAAGCUGAUUGGUCGCAACGAUCAGGAACGCUCCGCCCUGCAGGACCGGCUCCAGAUGUUGGCCAAUCAGAACAAAGCUCUUCAGGCCCAGCUCAACGAGAUGAAAAGGAAGCAGGCCGAGUCUGACUGCAAGAGUAAAGAGGAGGUGAUGGCGGUGCGACUGAGGGAAGCAGACAGUAUGGCUGCCAUGGCUGAACUCAGGCAGAAGAUCGCUGAUCUCGAGAUACAGAAAGAGGAGGGGCUGAUCCAGGGCCAGCUGAACCACUCAGACUCCAGACAGUACAUCAACCAGCUCCGGGACCAGAUCGCUGAGCUCAAGAAUGAGGUCAGGCAAUUACGAGGGCAGAAGGCAGCCCCCAGCAGUGGAGGUGGAAGUACCAACUACCAGGAUCUCUGUCUGGCUAGUCCCGCUUCUGCCGAGGGGGACUACCUGAGCUCAGACGAGGACCUCCUCCCGAGCCCGCUGCCUCCCAGUGCUCUUUACCCCAGCCUGUCCGGCCCAUGUCACCCAUCUGCCCGCCUCGACAGUGAGGGCAGCACGGACAGCGAGGCAGAGGAGCGGGUUCUGACACACCCGGACCCACAGCAGCUGUAUGGCAGCAUGGUGUGCGCCGAGGCGCUGGAUAACUGAAACCUGCCGGGGUGUGUCGGUUUAAUUGGAUUUCUUUGAGCUAAAGAGACGCUGGAGCUUCUACUGUAAACUGGGGCUGUAUUAUCCAAUUCAGUCCUCCUCCUCGGCUUUUCCAGUGUUUACCGUUAACUUGAUGCAGAGAUUGUGGCAUUGAUUGGACCUCCUCUGAUCAUCAGCCCUUGAUCUCUCUGCUCCUACUGUCUCCACCACCUUGUUCCCCACACUGUCCAAUCCUGUGUCCCCUGACGAAGAGGUAAUGUAAAGCCUCCUUCCUUGUUCCCACGUGUAACCGUGCCAGAAAGCAUCCAAACACAAACAUAUGACACACAAACAGACAAAACAGACUAAAACUGGACCAGCAAGACUGUUGUUGCCUCUUGCUGCUCAAGAUCGACCACUGGACCUGAACCUGUGACUGUGACGAGGAGUGAAACAUGGGUAGACAGAAAAUAAGUAUUCCCUCUCUAUAAACUGAGUGAUAGACACUUGACACACUGUAUGCUCUGUCUACCCUUAUAUGACUCUCCUUCCUGAUUGGUUCAGAGUUAAAUAGAUCCCUAUCCUCUCUUUUCCCUUUUUAUUCUCUCAUUAGGAAGACCAACACAAAAAAACCUUCUAUCAGCCAUCCGUUUACCUCUCAGUAGACCAAGUGUUAAAGUAAAACGUUUAUGGUGGUGAGUAUGAGAAGGAGAGGUGCAGUGUAGGAAUAUGUACACAUCAAACAGGCAUUCAUUAAUGACUCAUGAACACUUUAACAAACUAAAUAUAUGUGUUGUCUGUGGCUGGCAGACGACAAGAAGCCAAGCGAGUUAAUACAACAGCUCAUUUCAAAACAUAUUCACCCACAAAACAAGGAAGGAAGAAACUCAGUGUUGCCAAAUCUUUUGUUUUGUUAUGUUUUGUUUUAAUUAUUUAUAUGUUGUAAUUUAUUUUGAUAUAUUUUUUUUUAUAUUUUAUAUAUCUGUAUGAAACUAUAGGAGUGUAGAGAUACCGACAGAGGCCAAACUUUGUACACCGUCCUUUGUGCCAACUAGUCGUCUGUUACAGGUUCACUGUGACACUGAUUGUUUCAGAGACAGGAAAUGUGCUGCUAUGAUUUUGGAUUUACUUCUUCCAUUUUGUUUUUUCUGUUCCCUUUUGUUUGUGUAAUCUUCGUGAGGUGAACAUGUAACCUCCUGGUAACUCUGCCAUAGAUUAGGGUGACAACAACUGUGCAGACUGAUCAGAUAUGAAAACUGAGCAGUUGAACUCGAUUACUCCCUGGAGCUUCAUUUAGCAAUGAUGGGAACAAUUUGGUUUUCUUAAAAGCCAAUCAUGAUCAUUGUGUAUGUGUGAGUUAAAGCAAUAGUUUGACAUUUUAUAACAUGUAUUUGCUUUCCUGCUGAGAGUUAAAUGAGAAGUCUGACACCACUCACUUAGCUUAGCCGGGCAUAGAGACAUUGUGGACACAAUUGUGGUACAAUGGUAAAUGCUAAAAUAUAGAGGGGCGAAUUUACAAAGAAUGGAUUGUGGCGACUGAAAGCACCAUGAAUUGCGCAUCACUUGCAACUGCAAUCUGCCCCAUCUCAAGGUCCAAUUCACAAACUUUUGCAUCUUACUGCAAUUAUCCAUGUCGCAGAGCAUAAAUGUUGUGGCAAGUACACAGUAGGCAGGACAUUGACAGAGAGACAAAGAAAUUUGAAAUGUUCAGACUGUAAGCUGCAGGUCUUGACCAAUGACAUGCGGAGGUAUUCCUCAAAACUUUAGGCAAGGAAUUUAAAUGUGCCUGAGAGAAGCUGUAAAUGGGAUUAAAAAUCCCAGUCUGUCAGUGCUGUUAGCGUUUUUAAACGCACAUGCCUGGCCUGCCAUGAUCACUGGAAAAUCUGGGCAUGACACCGCUUAUAAAUGCACUUCACUUACUACCAUCUCUUUUAAAGACACUAAUAAAUUCAAUGUCACUGCGUCUGGCUAUAAGUGCUGAUGUUUGUAAUUUGUACUCUUACAUUUUCUGAUAGAAAAUGGCUGACUUUGCACCAAAUGUGUGCAUAGCCUAUUACCUAAUUUAAAACCUUGCAAACAGCACAGGAGCACCGAGAGGCUAUUUGCUUUGCAGCACAGUUAGGGGUGCAUUUGAGAAUUACAGAGCUUGUUUUCGUCUUAUUUGCGCAGGAUUAGCACAACUAGGAAAGGAUCAUAAGGCCACUGAACUGACUCCACCAUGUCAAUUAAAGCUACAAAUACAGUGCGAUACCUACCAAAAGUUUGCUAACAUUAGCUAACAUUAUUAGCAACUGGUCAUACCAGGUUGACUCUCUGGAUGUAGACUCUGGCAAAAAGUCUUCUAUUGGGGGGUUAUUAUUGGGGGGGGGGGGGCUGAUCCCCGGACCGCCUGACUCCCCUCCAGAACUCCAGAACAGUAACCUUUCUGGUGCGGCUGUCAUUGGAGCCACUCUCCUCCUAGUGAGUCUCCUGUAUAGCAAGAGCUAACACAGCAGCAGGGCUGACGCCCAACUCAAAAGUCCCAACAAACUCAACACUAAUACCAAAAUAGCUCGACUCGACUGUCAUUAAACCCUUUAAUAAUUGUUAGGUAUGUUACCCAUGUGAUGCUGACAGUUAGCCUUGUCACCAUGUGUGUUCCUACAACACUGUUUUGCAAGGACCCUGUUUCUGCAUACUGGCGCGGCCCAGGACAGUUGUGAUUGGUUUACAGAAACGCAAAAAAUCCAGACCGUUUUUCGUCUAAAGCAGAAUGGUAAUAUGGUGAUUUCAGACCUUUCUCAAGUGGUGACACAGUGAAGAUAUGUCUGGCUAUGUGAGACUAUACAAGGCCAAGUGAAGCUGUAAAAACCCUGAUAGUACUGAAUUGUACAAACCUUUUUUUAGGUUAUUUUAAUUGCUAUUUAAUUCAACUUUUAACUUGAAAAAGGAAGAGUUUAUUUUCUCUUUAAAGUGACAGUUUCUUUAGUCGCUUUCAACAAACAUAUGUUAGUUAGCGUUAGCUCUUUGGGCAGAGCCAGGCUAGCUGUUCACCUCUGUUUCCAGUCCUUAUGCUAAGCUAAGAUCUUCAUAUGUAACAAACAGACGUCAAAAGUAGUGUCAGUCCUCUCAGUGUAUUUCCCAAAAUGUCAAACAAUUCCUUUAAUUAUCAGUGUCCCAUACAAGCCAAAAGAAAUCCAGGUAACAGUGCUGAUCUGGAAUCACCAGUUCAUGUGCUCAUAUCACUUUUUGACAGCUAAAACUGCAGCAUGUGGGCCGAUGAAAGUGGAGGGAGUGGUUAAUAUCAUAAGGAUGCCAACAGGUAGUGUGUGGGUGGAAAAUAUUUUACAUAUCAAACAUUAAUAUAUUCUGUGUAGAAAAAAAGGUGUAAAAUGUAUGGAGAGAUAUGAAAUAUACAGUGUUACAGGAACAAAAGUAUGUAGAUAAGAUUUAAAGCUGUAUCACUGUCAGUCACGUCUUACUGAAGGUGGUGAGUGUGUAUAGUUUUAUCAAACAGGGUGUCAUAUGUAGAGCAGUGAUCUGCUUUUUGCACUACAGGGAAAGUGGAAGUCUCUGCUCAUGACAUUAAGCAGUGAGAGAUGGUGUGGAUGAAUGGAUUCUUGGUGGGAUCAUUUCUUAUUAUAUUCAGCUCUCCUGCGGGACCUUGACGUUAUCUGAGUGCUUUGCUCGGAGAUUAUCCAUCCUGACUUUGUAUUGUGCUUCAUUAUUCCUCAGACAGGUGUCGAAGGAUUUUCUCUAAAUUCUCUUAAAGCCCACUUUCAUCACUAACAUUUCCGUGCAAUACAAAUGAAGGAAUGGUAAAGGAGAGAAUUAUUGCCAUGUUUGAAGAAAUAAGGAAACUGGAUUUUCCAGUAAUGGCCACCAAAGAGCUAAAGAGGAUGUUGGUUUGCCCACCAUACUGUUGCAAAUAACAGCCUUUUAGUGGUCAUUGGUGGAUGGAGCAACUAAAAUCUCUGCACUGGAGUCAGUGUUUGGAUAUCGUCAAACUAAAUGAGCGUUGUACGAAUGGUUUCAGUUGAGUUCCCUCUAGUUCGUAGUAUGUACAGAUUGGCAUUGGCUCUGUCGAGCAUGAAAUUUAGGCCCUUAUUUACUUUGGGUCUUAACUGGCUGAAUUUCUCUCAAAGUUAUAAUCCUUGAGAUUUUUAUUCUGUAAUUUUCUUAAAUAGCAAUAGCUAUUCAAUGCAUUUACAUUCAGUAAAUAGUUCAUUUUCAGUGUAAGUAUUUGAUCUGACAUUCACAUCCUUUUCAUGCAUGCCAUGAUUGGCCAGCUGUGCAGAGGUAAGAUAGUAAAUUGGGUAUGAAAUUCAUUCUUGACAUCAUUUUCAGUCACUCCAAAUGUGUAUGCACGCAACUGGAUAUUUACCUGGACAAUGUCAAGGUUGGGUGGUUUAAACAGCUAUAUAAACACUUCCAGUACUAAUUGCUUGACCCUUAAUCUACAUUCACAUCAAAAGGCUUAAUACUCAAGUGCAGUUUAUCCCCAGAUCAGAUUUUUCUGCCUAGACUGUUCACAUUUAUGUUUGAAGUGACACAUAGCCUGUCUGAUAUCAGUGUUACAUGAUAUCUGCCCCUUAAACACCUCAGGUGACCAAUAACUUCACACACAUAGAACUCCAACAAACGACCAUGACAUUUGCCAAACAGGCAUUGGGGAAAACAUGAAUGACAUAGUGGUGCAAACGUUCAUUUCUUCAAUGAUUUGGAUGGCAAUUCCUCAUAUGUUGAGGAGGGCACUGCCCACUUUUCUGCAAUCGACAUUUUUCAGACGAUCGAGGCUUAGGGAUCAUGAACAGUCAGAACAGUGGCAUGAGGGUGAGAGGACGAAGGUACGCAAUGCCGUAGCUUUGUUAGCAUUGCUGGUAGUUACGUGGCGAUAGAGUUGUGGGAGCAGGGGGAGUCAGGAGUGGUGGGGCCGCGACGCUGAGGGUUUCAUGGAGUAACAGUUCUUCCAAACCUUAGGAUGUCCAGGGCUACAUUCCAAUGUCUCUGUCGGCGCCUCACGACAAUGCUAUCAUGGCAUGUAGGCAACCAACCGUUCCAACACCGUGCGGUGAGUGAUCUCUUCCUAUGCAGUGAAGCAUGACAUGGAAAAACCAUGAAUGUAUGGGAAAAACAUACGUGAAUUUCCGAUAUCUCUCACAUCGGUUGCAUGGCCAUGUAUCGGAUAUGUAUCAGAUCUAGAUCUACAUAUGGAAGUGGUCCAGAUCUGAUUGAAAAAAUCAGAUAUCUGUGUCCAUACUACUCUGAAAGAAUCAGAUUUGGGCCACAUUGGCUUAUAAUGUGAACAUAGCCAUACACGUCUUUAUCAAAACAUUGUGAAGCGAUAGAUCUUCUCAGCCCAUGAUUUGUUUGGCUGCACUGUAAACAAAUGGACAACUUCUUCUGUUUAAUUUCUGACAGAGUAACCACAAAGCAUGUUUCAAACGAAUCUCUUGGAGUCAUAUCAUUAAAAGGUAUUUGCCAAUUCCACCACUAACUGCGGGUGUUGCCAGAUCUACCAUGACAAAAUUCGCAAGGAUUAUAACUUUGAUGUUUCAGCUUGGAUUUCAGUCAAAAAAAUAAGAGUGCAUAGAAUAAUUGUAGGAAUCUGUCAUUCGGGACUGAGUAUCAGUUUCCUUUCCAAAAUUAACCCUAACUGGACUCAGAGCAAUGCUCAGUGUCCUUCAACACAUCUGUACACUGCUGUCCAGUGAUGGUGCUCUGUUCUCACCACUGUCCACAUACAACUCUAUCUACUGUGACGAAACAUUUUGAUAUGUUUGUAAAUUACUUUUUGAAUAUGGUACUAGCUCUCAUCCUUAAUAUUAUUUUUAUAAUUACCAUCAGUACUUUGGUUUCUCCUGCAUUACACGAGACCAUAAUGAUCAAACAUCAUAAUGUGCCAUAAAGGUAGGUAGAUUUACACACUAUGCUAAACGACUUCAUGUAUGUUUAACGAGGGUUUCAUCGACUAGUCGGCCACUACAGCCCUUCAUUAAACAGCCAUGUAAUAUAAAGUCAGUGAUGUGUGGACUGAAAUACACUCACACUGUGUUCCUCCAGAUUUAUCAUCUUGAACCUGGAACGUACACACUCGUUUUCCCUGAUUUAAAGCAGGAAAUAAGACAAUGCAGCACAAAACAGUGUGUCACAAGAUUCAAAGAAGGCACUGUUCCAGCUGGUUAGUCAGGUGUAGGAUUUAUCAGAAUUAUGUGCUGUAUAUGACAGCUGUUUGAUAUCCACAGCAUCAUACCCAGGAACCUUGUCCACCCUCUCUCUUUCUGUCUUGCAAUUCAACUGAUGUUGUUAUCAAAUAUAUUAAAUGACAGUAAAGAUUAUAUAAAUUCCAGUAUGAUGGGGGAAAAAAUACAUUUCAGUGUUCUGUAUCCUAUGAAUGAUACAAAAUAAACUUUGACAUUGCACCUUUGCAAAGG